AUGGAGGCAUUAGCUCGUCGUGAUGAUACGAGUUGCCAGGGAUCAAAACAGUACUAUGUCUGCUCAGUUGGGAAUUUCCGUGGCUGCUGUGCGAGUGAUCCUUGCACUUCGGGAGUCUGUCCCGACGAUACCUUGGACUCGUUGGGUAUAUCGGGUCCAACAAGCUCGACGACGUCGAAAACCUCGAGUCUAAGCACAAGCACCAUCUCGCCCGUGUCUUCUACUACUGAUACUACUGAUACUACUGUCUCGUAUACGUCUUUUUCGACAACGGCGUCAGUGUCUUCGGGAGAUAUCCCUACAACCACGGGGGCUACUGGCACGGAACCCUCGAGUUCAAGCACGGCUCUUACGGCUACAUCGUCAGUAGCUGCGGUUGCGUCGAACAGUACUCAGUCCUCCAGCAAAGCGCCCAUCAUCGGUGGAGUAAUCGGAGGAAUUGCCGCCCUGAUAAUCAUCAUCCUACUCUUCUGGUUUUGCAGACGACGAAGAAAGAGACAUGGCAAAUCGUAUACAGUCCAUCUGCGGCGCUCUCCAUCUAGCAAGUCCUCGCAUACUCAGGAAAUGACUUCAGUCUCCAAGACAGAACUGUCUCUUUUGGACACCAAUUCGACUAAACCGCUUAAUGAAUCCCACCAUGGCAUCCAACCGACUUCACCACCAAGCAAAUCCAAUCUCUCAACCCCCGGUUCAACAACAGCCCUAAGCCUAAAUGCCCCAACUCUCUCACCCGAUCCAUCGGAAUUCUCAACACUCAGCUCGGGAAUCCUUAGCACCUCAUCAGGCGGAUUCGUUCGACUCCCACCCCUCCGAAUGCCCCCGCCAAUUCCAGUUCCAGCACCUUCCAUCGCACUAUCACCCAACGAAAUGCUAGGCUCCAUCCCGCAAACCGAAUCCCACGCCGCCGAACUCUCAGAUACGGGCUUCUACAGACAACGUGCAGAACUAGCAGCCCAUUCACAAAGAGAACUGAUAAACAUCCCUCCCGAGAGAAGACGACGUAACAAAAGUUCACUUAAUCCGGGACAUUCAUGGGAUUCUUCCCCGUCCUCGUCGAGCGGUGGUAACAGCGGUGACUCCAGCCCGCGAUCCGCUGUUGAUAAGAACUGUAGUUCAACGCUCAUGAGUCGUGCUACCGCGCGGAGAGUGAUUACUAGGGAUGGCGUCGUCUUAGUCGCGAAUCUGGACCGGUAUUCGACGGUGCGGGAUCCGGAGCGUGGGGGGAAGGGGAAGAGGAGUGUUGGUGACCCGGGACGGGAACAUGUUAUGAGUUUUAUGACGUUUGGUGGGAGUACGCAUGAGAUCGGGCAGAGGAGCGGGUCUAGUCCUGGGCGGGUGAAUGGGUCUGUAAGUAAUGGGGGAGAAAGUGGGAGUGCGACGCGAUUGAAGCCUGAGACUGAGAUUGUUCUUGAGAUGGUGGGUGCUUCGCCGGUUGGUGAGGCUCUGCCUGCUUAUGAAGCUGGGGGUGUAUCGCUGAAGGGAGACGAUAAUGAUAAAUCUCCAGCUGGGACUAUGGGAUUG